AUGUUACAGGGUGCUUACGUAGUCAACAAACUGUUAGAUGCCGCAGGAUUGUUUAACAAAGCUUAUCAUUUAUUUACUGACAGUUUUUUCUCCUCAAUUAAUCUGGCUAAAGAGCUUUUAGCAAAAGGAACAUUGUUCACUGGAACAUUACGCGCUAAUCGGCAAAUGCCAAACACAAUCAAGAAUCCUGUUUUGCAGGAAAAGGAGAGCAUUUAUAUUAGACAAGGACGAAUUCUGGUAUGUGCAUAUAAAGAAAGGAAUGGUCGAAAACCAGUUAGAAUCAUAUCCUCUUUUUCUAAAGCAGCACAAGAAAAUGAUAAACCGGCUUUGAUUUGCUCGUAUAAUAAAUUUAUGGGGGGCGUAGAUUUGGCUGACAUGAUGACAGAGAGUUACAAUGAUGGACGAAAAACGUUAAAGGUUUGGAAAAAGGUUGUUUUUAAUCUUAUGCACCGUAUGGUAAUAAAUGCAUACAUUAUUUAUAAAGAAAACACUUCCGAUAAUCCGAAAUUGUCGAGACUAUCCUUCACACAAAGACUGAUAGAGGAUCUCGCUAAAAAUCACAUGGUGCUAAGAAACGAAAACCAAGACGACAAUAGACAAAAUAAGAACAAAAACGGGAUCAGAAAAUUGCCCGGUCACAGAGAAAAAGAUUGCGAUGUAUGUUCAGACAGAAAUGGUUACGGGGGUCGAAGGAGGAGUAGGACUGUAUGUCGAGUUUGCGGAAAAGGUGUUCACCGGGAAUGUAAAGACAACCAUUUAUGUGUUGAAUCAUGA